AUGAACAUUGCAUCUACAACUUCUCUGGCUUUGACCUGCUCCCGAGCUUCGCAUGAUUCCUGGAGGCAUCCUCUCGGCCGUCAGUUGAGGGUGUCUGCUCCUCUUCUGCGCGUGAGCCUCGAGCCCUGCCUUGCUUCUCUGCGCGAAAAGUUCGAGUCCGGCUCGCGGGCUGGCGCGCUGAGCUUCACAUGCUGCUAG